AUGGCAUUUAAUUUGCACUUCCAGCUCCCUCUGGUUCUCAUUGGCGUGGAAACUAGCUUGUCCUCUGCUUUGGCGGCCGAGUCUUGCUCUUUCAACAACGUAGAGCUCGCAGAAACGACUGGUGUGGACAUUGGCCUCUUGAGUGCGAAUUAUUUCUUGACUCUAAUCGAGCACCAAGUAACGACCAUGACGCUGAUUCCCUUCGGUGGACGCAAGGAUAUCCGGACAACUAUUAUCAACAGGGCUCUUUAUUCUACAGGUCAGCAAUGUCUCUGUCCUAGCCGUAGUACGGCUCGUUACCGUUUCUCAACACUGCACGAUGCGUAG